AUGGAUUCCGAUUCAUUCUUCCUGCACUUGUUCUCCGUGGCCAUAGUCCCGGCGGCUGUGGUGGUGGUGAUGAUAACAAGUUGCUUCAUCACGUUCAUCGUCUUAGGAGGCAUAUGCAUGAUUGGUUAUAGGAUCAUCAUCAUCUUUUCCCACGUGCGAGAAUUUGUGCGUCGGCGCGGGAUGGUGGCCGCUGGCGGCAACAACGACGACGACUACGAACUCAUUGACACCCGACUGGCGUUCGGCGAUCAACAACUCGAUCGAAAAUACUUAGGAGCAGCACCAACAGUACUUGCACCAGCAGCACCAACCGCACCAGCAGGAGGAGAAUGA